AUGAAGCUGAACUUUUGCUUCCUUCUCAUCCUCAUCCUCCGUCACCAGAUGACAAUCCCAGGGAGUGCUCAGUGCUCCUUAGACUCCAUUGUGGAUAAAAAGAUACAGGAUGCUCUCACUGGUCUAGAGCUCAAUCCCUUUGCCCCAGCAAAGAGGAUCUCAUGUUUCAGUGUCACGAACUCAGGCAAACUGUCUUUCUGUCCUGCAGGGUCGGUUGUCACUGGCUGUGCUUGUGGCUAUGGCUGUGGCUCCUGGGAUGUUGGGGGGGAAACCACAUGCCACUACCAGUGCAACCCAGUAGAUUGGACCACUGCCUGCUGCUGCCGCCUGACCUGA